UAAGCUUUUGCCAUUUCAAUUCUCUGUCCCAACAAAUCAGUUUAAACUUCAAAACUUAGUUGCCAUUUCAAUAGUUAGAUAGAGUAAAAUGGAAAGUGAAAAGAGUUGGGAGCAGAAAGCUCUCGUGAGUGAGCUAAUUCAGGGGUUGCAGAUAGCAAUAAAGUUGAAGGAAAACUUCAAUAUACCCUCUUCGAUUCACACUAGGGACUCACUACUGCAGAGUAUAUUGUCUUCUUACGACAAGGCUUUGCUUAUUCUGAAACAAAAUGCACCGUUUUCAAAUUCAGAAACCAUGCAUCAACCAACUCAAACUUCCUCACCACAGUUUCCUCCCAAAGAUCACUACGAAGGUGCCCUCAAGGAUCAUCAAGAACUUAAACAAAAUUCAAAGAAAAGAAAGAAGAUGCCCAAAUGGACGGAACAGGUUAGAGUGAAGAUCCAGAAUGGGGUUGAAGAACCUCUGCAAGAUGAUUACAGCUGGAGAAAAUAUGGACAGAAAAACAUCCUCAAUGCAAAAUAUCCCAGAAGCUACUACAGGUGCACAUUCCAAAAAUCUAAGGGCUGCUUCGCCACCAAGCAAGUGCAGAGAUCGGAAGAAGACACCAAUGUCUUUGACAUAAGUUACCGAGGAAGCCACGUCUGUUCUCAGGGAAACUAUGCCGUUCUGCCAUUAAAAUUAGCAGACACAGAAGAGAAAUCGCAAGGUUGUGACAGUGACGUUCAGUUUCAUCAUGCACAGUCAUCGGGAGAAAGAGUUACAAACGACGCAAACACGUUGACUGUGGAAACGGAUAACAUGACGCCACAUCCAUUCCCUUCGUUUGGAUGCAUGCCACAAGAUAACCACCACACGUUUCUUCCUUCCUUCGUACUGGAGAAUGAUCCCUUCUGCAGCACCAUUUCCCAGACGUCCUUCUUCUCUCCGAACACACUUGAAUCAAAUUAUCUUGUGUCUCCGUCUUUCCAUUUACAUGAUGAAUUCGACAGGGUCUUUGACAAGCCGUGCCCUGAUUCUGAUGCUGCCGGGAUCGUUUUAGCUGAUGCAUCAACCAUCAAUUCUCCAAAUUUUGACUUCAAUUUCUCACUCGAUGCAGUGGGAAUUGGUGCAAAUUGCCCUUCAAUGCCUGGGGGUUCAUCCUAAGUGCACUUGAGAAAAUUAAUUUCAUAGUGUUUGUCGAAAUUAUUGUUACAUUUGAAGAAACGAAAAAACGACAGUACGAUGAUGCAUUAGACUCCAGACAGCACUAAUAAACGCCGGUGUUUUUUUGUUCAUGUUAAUGUUCAAAGAAGCGACCUUCUAGUGUGAAAGGGACUGCCGAAAAUGUUGGGACCAACCUUCUCUAUCAAAAGAUUGUUUUCAAAGUGAAUUGGUGAUUUUCUAUUAAAUUAUUAACGAGUUAGUGAUGACGAAUUUCUUCAAAAAAAACUUUUUCAGGACUCAAAAAUUCAUUUUAAGCUGACUUCAGCUAACAUCGUCUGAAUUCGCUAUAAUGCAUGUUACAGAAUCGGGGAUGACCCAGACAAAUCCAAGGCUUACCGUUGAGGGUUAAGAAGGUUCACAGAGGAAGCAGCCAAGUAAUAAUUGACAUUUCAGAUAUUCUUCCACACAUGUUUCUGUAGUCAAGCUUUCCCAUGAUUGAGUCGCAGGAACUUUGUGUUUAUGGGCCCAAAAAAACGAUGGGUGUAGGCCUGGGUAAUGCGAGGCCCAAAUGACUGCAAUUGGAGUAACAUCUCUCUUGGGUUGAGCUUUCUGAACAUCCGGUGACCAAAGACGGAGCUUAAAUUCCACAGCCCUUAACUUUGUCUAAAUUUUAUAAAGAAUAUUUUUACAUUCUGUUGCAUUCGAUCUAAAGGGACGAUAAAAAGAAAUCGAUUGAUCCUUUUGAUCAACAAUUAACAAGUGUUUUUACACUACUGCAUUAAGGAAAAUUUUAUCUGUAGCUACUAGAAAGCAAUAAUGUGAUUUGUACAAAAAGCAUGAUAAUUAGUUGAAAGAUCUUUCAUCUAACAGGAUAAAUGUCGUCCACCUAAAUUACAACAGAAAUAUUUAAUAGUUACUUCUGGGUGUGCCAAAAACAAAAACAAAAAAUGGGAACCCAUGUCACCUGCUACUUCACAAACUGAAUGCGGUUUAAAUUAUCGAUCGCCGUUCAAAAGUAGACUGGGCAUUUUAAUCUUCUCUACAGAACAAAAAUUUGAGAUUCAUUUUCACGUAAAACGGAUGCGUUUAACUGCUCUAGUGGCUACGAAGUGGGUUCAAAUGCAGCUUGCUGAUGCCAAACGCCAUUGAGAUUAGACUGCCA